AACCAUGAACCUGAACGAACGCAUCAUCAACACGCAGCUGUUCGCGCAGACGAUCGACGAGACGGCCACCACGACGACCUCGGUGGGCAGCAGCGUCGGGCUGAGCGUUGGGUUUGUGCCGUUUGUUGCAGCCGCCACCGCCGGGCUAGCCGGACCGAGCGGGACGUCCGUAAUGCUGCCGAGUGACGCCACGGCCGCCGUCGCUGCUACCUCUACCGCCGGGCUCGCGAAGCAAAGUGCCGAAACGAUGCACCUCUCAUCGCCGCACCAUCUCCAUCCACUGCACACGGGCAGUGGGAGCAGUGGCAGUGUGGUAGUCAUACCACAGGGAAUACUCACCACCCAGCAGCUGCCCCUUCACUCAGCGACGCCACCCUCGACCAGCAGGGCGGGAGCGAAAAGUCGUAGCCUAAGCACGGGCUCGUACAUGACCAAAGAUUCGAGCGCAAACUCAAGCGCCGAACGGCUCACCAAGUCCAACAGCCACACGGAGGUGCACGUCAACAGUGAGGGAGUUGCGCAGGCGCUUGCCUGCAAAGAACCGGCCAGCAUAAUGCCACAGAACAAAUCGCUCGAGGAGGGUCGCUCCAUGAUCCCUUCGGCCAGGAGUUCGCCGCCGGUUCGCAAACCCAUCCUGCGCAAAUCGAAGAAGAUCGUUCGAACCGACUCCGAGUUCCUGAAGGGUAACAUCUACGAGAAGGAGUCGAGCGUGUCUAGCUCCCAGUACACACCGACGCGGGACCGGCGGCGGGAACAGUUUGCCGACUACCGCAGCAGCAAUCCCUCGUCCGAGACGCACAAGUCCACGGACGACAGCUCGAAGAACAUAUCGACGGACGAGAUCGAUACCGUGUUCUCGGACACGAUGGAUCUCGAGCAGAUGGAGCAGGACUAUCGGAUGCAUCUGAAGAACAACCUGCAGCGGGAGUACAAGAGCGAUAGCGACACGCUGGACGAGGUGGGCAAGAAGCGAGCGCCGGACUACAACGCGUGGAAGAACCAAAGCUACGAGAACACGUUCGAUGUGUACGGCAAUGAAAUAGGUGCACAGACGGCGAACGGAAGAUCGCACACAGCGAACGAUCGUCCCCCGGUAGAGGCAUCACCGAAGGGCGAGGAACAUCCCGAGCGUCCUUCCACUUCAGCACCCACCACAAAACCCGACCGGCCGACCGAUCUCGAGCUUGGUUCCGCUUCGGACGGUGGGGGGAAAUCGUCCACCUCCUCCACCACCAACGACGGCCCGUUUGGGCAUCUGUUCGAGAAGAAUUUGGGCCGGUUCAAGCGCAUGAACAAGCUGCUCAAGUGCAAACGCUUCAGCACGUCGGCCCUGUACGAGAAGAAAUCUACGGCCAGUGCCAGCAGUGCCGCCGCAUCGGACGGUAAGCCCUCGUUCACGUCGCCCACCAAAAGCAUUCCCAACGCGACCCGCUCGCCCGUCAAAUCCAUUCACUCGCAGUCGAAAGCAUCGAUCAGCUCGUCGAAAUCGUCCCUGUUCGGGAGCAAAAAGUCGGGCUCGGGGUUCACGUUCAAGGGGAAGCGCUUUCUCUUCACCGGCAAGACAUCGCCCAACAAGUCGAAGUCGAACAACGAGAUCAGCUACUAUCGCACCAAGUCGACCAAAAGCUCCAAGAAGGGUUCGGUGAAGAACAACAGUACGGCGUGUUUGAAUCUCGAGACGACCUGCACAUCGCCCCUGUCGGAAGCGUUCUACAACACGACGGGCAGCGUGCGGUUGAGUGCGAUGGAGCUGUACGAGAAGUUUUGCUCGCAGGACUUUAGUGGACUGUACAAGCACGAAACGGUGCGGACGGACACGGAUAGUCAUGGUAGUGGGACGGACUCGAGUCAUUACGAGUCGCACCGGCAUCUGGGCGCGAUACGGAAGUAUAGGCGGCGCAACUUCAAACUGUUGCGGCAGAAAAGUGAACCCAAGUUCUCGUUCCGAACUGAUACACUGUACGAGGACAGCUACGAUGGGGUGUGCUACCACGACGAGAAGGACGAGGAGCAAGAGUACGGUGCGGAGGAAUACAAUCAGUUCCUGUACGACGAGCAGUACUACGAGGAGGACAUUGAGCACUACAGCAUCGAGAACAUCUACUAUCAGCGGAACGGGUUGAUAGCGCUGCCCGACGGCACCUACGUUCAGCGGUAUCCUUAUCGAAUGGAGGACGAAGAGGGCGAAGAAGAUGAAGAGGAGGAGGAGGAAGAAGAAGAGGAGGGCGAUGAGGAGGAGGAGCUGGGCGAAGAGGAGGAGUAUCAGGGCGAGGAGGAGGAGGACGAGGAAGAGUACGAGGAAGAAGAGGACCCAGCGGAUGAGAACGAGUUCGACGAGGAGGACGAAGAUGAGCUAGCGCUGGCAGAGGAGGAAGAGCAGGAGGAGGAACGGCGACGGCUGCAGCGGUUACAGCUGCCUCCGCCACCCAUCGAGCUCGUCGCCUCGAUGGAUUCGGACUGCGACGAGAUCUAUCUGAUGCCACAGAACGACUCCGACAGCAAGAAGCUGAUCAUACAGGACUUUCUGUUUCAUCGCGGCAACAACGACUUCGAGGCGAGUGUUAGUGGGGAUGACUUCGAUCUAGCGGAUGUGGAUGAGGAAGCGGAAGAAGUGAAUGAACCGACGCAAGUAUCACGGGAAGAUUUGGCGGAAAGUACUUGUGACGCGCGAUCCGAGGAUGAGCAGGACUUCCGGUUGGAACGGUACGCCGCGACGGACAAGGAAACGCUGACGAUCUACAAGAUCUGCUCGAAGGAAAGCAUCCUGGAGUCGAUGCGGGAUGAAACGCCCGAGAGGAUGUCAGACAACCUACCCCACAGUGCCUCGAUGGAGCAGUACUUUCUCAAGUCGGACUGUGUCAGCACGCUCGAGCGGACGGGCUCGCUGGAUCUGCUGAGCAACUCGAGCGGCACGCUGAACAAAUCCACCCUGACGGACUACGCGUUCGACACGGUGCGGAACAUGAACCUGGACAGCUGCAGUACCUCGCGGUUAAGCCUCUCGAUCAAGAGCGAAAUCUUCGAGGACACGACGAACGGAGGUGGAUCUGGGGGUGGUGCGUCGAUCACGGCGGACGUGGGAGUGGCUGGAGGGCAGCAGGACACUGGCACUGGUAGCGUAGACAUGGCGGGAGAAGCGGGCUCUGAAGUUCCUCGCAUCAAGAGCUGGAACAUUGAGGACUUUACGUUAACGCCUGAAGAAUCGUUUUCGGAUGAGCAGCUACCGUUGGAUGCUCCGAGCGAGGACGAACCAUCGAAGGUUGUCACAGACUGUGCCUCCGUUCAACUAGCAGAACCUCUUGAGCUCGAUCAUCACAACGGAACGGCGGAAUACACGAUCGUCGACCUAGACGAGGAACCUUAUCUGCACGAUCCAACAAUUUCCGAGUUCACAUCCGAGAUCACGAAAGAGUUUGAUCUGUUGUUUUCCCGCGCCGAGACGGAAUCGCUGCAGGCAGCGGCUGCUGCCGCUGAACAACCACCCUUGCCACCUCCACUGCCGUCCCCCAUGGAAGGACCUUCUCAUCUCGGUGAUGUGCUGAAGCUACUGAGCGAUCUUCCCACCCGCUACUCCAUGCAGAUGCUCGAGCACAUCAAUCUCGACACGGACGACAUCGCGAUCCCGGUACCGGAGGAAACCCAGCAGGAAAAUGGCACAGUGCCAACCUCUGCAUCGACCGUACCAUCAGUCCCACCAUCACCACCGGUUAUGCCGAAACCGGCCUCAUCUUCGAACUCUUCCGUCCCUCCUAUCACUACUGACCCGCCAGAAAGUGCCAAACCGCGUACACUCGAGCCGAGCGGAAGCGGACGAUCGUUCGCCAAGAUGAAGCUCCGCUCCACACGCUCUACCGGCGUGGUGGCGGUGGCAAAAACCGCCGUCACUACACCGACUGCUCCCGAGCCGCCGGUCGACGGGGCACCGGAAGCUACGGGUGGUUCGGUUUCGAAGGCCGACCGGUUGAAGAAGGCGCGCAGCCAGUCGCUAGGUAACUUGCGUAAUAAAACCAAAUGUUUUCCAUUAUAGAAUUUAAGAAACACUGUAACAAUAAUCCUUACACUAUCGGUGCUGCCAGUAGUAGCAGUGUAGCGCAGGCAGGCAGCGCGCGUUGAGGUUACGCCACAAGGUACACCACUGCUCUGUACGCAACGAGGAGUUCUGAUUCCGGUUUGCGCAGGCAGCUAUUUUAUCCAGUUGUUGUAGUAGGUCGAUGUGCGUUGUUGGUGCGUGUUUGUCCGUUGCGUGCCCGAAGCGCGAUACUUUUUUAUACGAUUUCCUCCCCUUGCCGUAUCGCCCGGAUCCGGGAGGGGGGGAAUCCGUUUGGUAGUAGCUGUCAUCGGCCCAUCCUUUCCCACUUCUUUCGAUGGCGCCCAGUGGCGCCUGUGUUCCACGAUAACCACACGCGACGGCUUACGUAUUUAUACACAGAUCCAAGUAAGUAGGAUUAAGAUUCUAGAGUAACAAAUUGGCUAGCAUGGUAGGGUUUUGGGUAUGGGUCGAUCGAACCUGAACGUCUUAGAGGGCCUUUCUUUUCCCUCCCGUUUCUAGCCUCCGUGCUCACCCGUUUUCGCUACCACUUUUGUUUGUGUUGGCCACCAUUUUUUACCAUUUUGGGCCAGCAUUUUGAAGUUGGUUUUGAGGUGCGCGAGCUAAUACGGAGGGUGUGUGUGUGGUUUGUAUUUCGUGUUUGGAUGUGAAACGGACAGAAACAGUAGUAGAUAGAUGGGGGAGAGUAAUUGUAGAAUAGAUAGAGCUCAGCUAACAGGGAAAACAAAAACAGGGGAGUUAGUGUUAAUGCCGAGUUUUCUAUUCCGAUGGGACCACGAACACAUGGAGAGAAGAUUUCAUUUGCCGUUACAUAUUUCCACCGCAAUGUUGUGUAGAAGAAGAAAAGAAAGAUAGUUGUGUAAGCUUAAUCAUUUACUACUAGUGCUACUACUACUACUACUACUACUAUUACUACUACUACUCCUUAUCCAAUGUUAACGCUAUCGUGUACGAAGUCGACUUCGGUUUGUAAACACAUGCGCACCGGUGUGCUAUUUGCCUUUGUUACUGUUAUACACUACUAAGGAUCGCGAUCGCGAUCUUCAGUGGAAUGCUGUCGUCUAAAAAAAGAGGAAGAGAGAGAGAGAAAAAGAGAGAGUGUACAUGUUUGUUUGUGUGUGUGUGUGUGUGUGUGUGUGUGUGUGUGUGUGUGUGUGUGUGUGUGUGUGUGUGUGUGGGUGUUAUGUGUUACUGUAAGUGAUGCGUGUAUGAUCGUACUUAGUAAACCCACUAGACUUACUGUAGAAGAGUUCGAUAAACAUUGUAUAGAAAAAAGCGACUAAAAAAACGCCCCACAUGUGUCACAAUCACAAAGGCAUUGUAGAUAAUAUUAAUUGAAGAAGCAACAAAACAAAAAAACACACACACACACAAAAACAAACCAAAACAACCUUGUAAAUCGCAAACCGAGCAAAAAGAUGAAACGUUCUAAAACUUCAAUAGGCUUACUUUCUGGAAACUGCAAUCGGCACACCAAAGCCCGGGCGUCACACGCUAGAACGCCCGGGUGCCAUUGUAAGCGGAAGAGGAAAUGAAUAAGCAAACAUAUUAAGUCAUCCUAAGCUAAGUAAGUUUCAUGCAUGUAAUACACAUGUUGCAUGCACAGAGAAAGAGAAAGAGAAAGAGAAAGAGAGAGAGAGAGAGAGAGAGAGAGAGAGAGUUAGAUGAAAAGAAAGAAUUAAAAGAAAAUAUGUCCUGUUAUUGUUGCUGUUACACCGAUAACUUCCUUUCCGUCGAUCGGUCCUUGUUGUAUGGGGCUUACAUUUACUAAUCAUCAUACUAGGAAUUCUUCCAUGAAAUGGUUUAUUUGCUGUAGUAAAAAUGAAUCUUAAUUUUUUUAUUGCUUUUUAGUGAUCAUUUCGAGAUGAUAUGUUAAUCUUCGAUAAAAUAUUAACUUGAUCUUCAAAUUGCUCACCUGACAAAGGUGAAGCGUUUCCUAUGUAUUUUUGUUCUGUUAUACAAACACUGUAUAAAACAAACCCAUCCUCAUACAUGACUUAAGCUAAGCUUAACCGUAAGGAUCUUAACAUACUGAAUUAAACCAAACCGUGAUACAGUUUAAAUGUGUUUGAUGGAAUGUAUGUGAAAACUCUCCCGAGAACAGUGUGUAUGUGUGUAUUUAUGGUACGGGAAGCGCGAUAUACUGUUAUAAUAGUAAUUUUUAUGGAAAGCCCCCAAACCAAACAUCCUCCAAACAAGAUGUUUACGUGUGCGUGUGUGUGAAUUUUCGUGUAUUUGUAGAAUGUACAUGUGUUACAACUGGUAGUAAAGAUGUAUAUGCUUUGUUUGCCAUGUGGUAUAAGAACGAUCGUAAGGAGAUGAUCGCAAACGUUAUCGUAGUGUAGCAUAAAUUAGAAGGAGUAUAUACUACAAAGAGUAACACCGAACACGUUACAGAAAGCGAGGCUCAUACGUUUGUAGACACACAGUUUUAGGGACACACACACAUACAAAAAUUAAGCUCGAUCCUGCUGUAUGCGAGAUCACGAUGGGUAGUGAGGGAAAUGAAAGUUAACUGGUAAAAAAAAAAACAAAACAAAACAAAACAAACCAACAAGACAGAAAGUAGUUUUUACCAAGCGAGCCGCCAAGCGAUCGUGUUUGGCUUUGGAUAGUUUUUGGACUAUAUUUCCUACUGAUCAUUUUCAGUUUUCAUUUUCAGUCUGCAUCUCGAAUUGAGGUGUGCUGUUUUAGAAGCUUUUUCUCCUCGUGCGACGAUCGUGUCAGCUUUUGCCUGUUAGGGUGGUACCCCUGUUGCUGCUAGCUCAGUUUCGGUGCGAUCGUACUCGCGAACAACUAUGCACCGUUUCGAAACACACACAUUUUUGCAGCUUUUUUGUAUAAGCGAUGUACCCGCCCUUUUUGCACUCAAACAAUCGAAUGGCCUUAAGACAAUGGAGCGAAUACGGGGAAGCGAUUUAUGGAAGUAAGAUCAGGGAAAUUAGGGAAAGGAUCGCACUGCGUUUAGAAUGCAUCUUGGGGUUGGACGUCUGCCAAGCGGAUCAUCUACGCCUUGAUUUUGUAGUUUCUUUUGUGCGCGGGAAUAGGAUAACCUACAAGGCUAAUGAAGCAGCAGGAAGCGCAGGAGGAAUUGACAAGUGAGUUAGGCAGGCUCUUAUCCCUCUCUUCCUACAUGUACAUGUUGCUGUUCUUAUUUGUGUGCCACGUGGCAUGUUUGAUUCCGAAUUGUUUUUGUUACCGUAGCUAAUAUCGAUCCUGAGUUGAGGUCGCUGAAGCUGCCCGCGUCGGUUCGUUUUUGUUGUUCGUAGCUGGAAAGAUUUUAACGAGCAAGAAGGGCAAAUGUAAAACAUAGAACGUUACUUUAAAUAUAAAAUAAAGAAAACUAUAAAUGAUCGUAUAAAAAAAAGUCAAGCAAAGUCAACCAUCAAGGAUACUAAACGUGUAACGAGUAAGCAAACUCCUCGUACACGACAAGGAAUUAAACAAAACCCAUUAGUCUAAAGGUGAAAGCGUAAAACAAAUAAAAACAAAAACAAAACAAAAACAAAAAAACUCGGUAAAUGUUAAGUAUUAACGUGAUAAAACACAGACACACGAGACAAGUCAAGCAUUAUUUGUUGUAUUUAGGUACCAAUUUUCGUGACCAGAUAAGAAGAGAAGUUCGGAUUAGUGUCCAAAAUGGUUGGAGUAUAACGCACAGAAACUAAACAAGAAACUCCUCCACAUCCUAUAGCUC